CCAGUUCUGUUCUUCCUGUGGUACGCGACACCUGAGAGGUACAUCUUCUCUCGCCUGGGUUUGAAGCCAAAUCUUCAGUCCGAUUUGAAAGCGAGGUUUUUAUGUGGGCUUUUUUUCCCUUCUUCCCACCACUCCAAGUCUAGUUUGACAUUACAGUGUGCUUUUCAAAACAAAGAUCAGAAUCUCAACGAAAUAAAACCUAAAGUUUCAUUUUUUUUUGUCAGCCGUAAAAUCUUUAAUAGUUUUAGGUCGCAAUUCGUGAAUUAUAUGUGUAUUUAAAGAAAGUGCCAAAAAGAAAUAUUGGAUCUUAAAAAGUUAAUAAAUCAGACUGAGCGGAACGCAUAAUUCCUGGAGACUACACAAGUGGACAUAAUACAAUAAUACAAUAGCCAUUUCUAUUGAUGUGUUGUGUAUUUCUUUUCCGUGGAGCGGCAGUAGUGUGGUGAGGUGAUCUACAAUAGUAUCAUUUCUAUACAUUUUCAAUAUCGAUUUCUUUAAGAUUGUUUGGUUUUGAUAUUCCACUGGUCAGUUUGGUCGUUAACGUCAAUACCAUUAAUAUGACCGCAGUCUGUAAAGAAGUAGAGGACACUGUCCAGUGGCUGUACCAUAAGGUCAUUAUACCAUGAUGCUGAGUGGUCAACACAGGACUUGAGUUUACGUUCAAAGAAAGACUUCUGAAACUGAAGUGUAACAUGUCUGGUCAGACAAUGACGACGGUUCUAAGGUGGGCUUUAUAUCUGUGCGGUGCCGUUGUUGUUAGCGAUGCGUAUAUGACCCGCAUUGACCAGUGUGAACCUAUUGAGAUCCCCAAAUGCCGGGCCAUGCCCUACAACAUGACCCAGAUGCCUAACCUGGUACAUCAUAACACCCAGGAAAACGCCAGGCUGGUGUUUGAGAAGUUUGAAGUCCUGCUGGAGCAGAACUGCAGCGACUCCCUUUUGUUUCUUCUCUGCUCCAUCUACGUGCCCAUCUGCGCCGUGUCCUUGCAGCCCGAGGCCAUACCUCCCUGCAGGAGCGUCUGUGAGAAAGCGAAGGCAGGGUGCGAACCCUUGAUGAACUCUUACAAUGUGUCCUGGCCGGAGUCCCUGGACUGCUCACGCCUGCCGCGAUACGAGAGAGGAGUCUGUGUUAGUCCUGAGGCUUUUGUAAAGCCUGUCAAGCCCAAGAAAGCAGGCUGUACGAAAUGCAGAAAGAAAAAACUGUCUUGGUCUAACAUGAAGAAACAUAACUAUAACUACGCGGUCAAAGUUCAGAUGGUCAGAGGGAAGCGCGUGAGUGAGAACGAGAUGAUGUACAAGGUCAAACUGGCCCAGGUCAUCUUCAGCGGCAGGACAGUCAAAUUCCCUGCUACCAGCGACGUCACGCUGUGGGUCAACGCAACCUGCGCCUGUCCUAAACUACACAGAGGAAGGGAGUACCUCAUCAUGGGUCACGCUGAGGGCGCGGUCAGCAAGCUUUUGAUGUCCCCCUUGACCAUAGUGACCGCCUGGAAGGAAUCGCAAGCCACACAGAUCAAUAAAUGGCACGUGAGGUCAGCUUCCAAGUCUGGACAAUCGCAAAACAAGAAAAAGAAAAUUCAACCCGAGAACAAGAAACAAAAGAAACGGCCUCCAGCUGUAACAGCGAGCCCCAAAGCCCAACCUAAACGGCUAAGGGUAAGCACAACCAGCGUGCAACCAUUAAACCUCAAACCAACUCACAUCAAGCCUGUCAUUGCCAGAGCGCCAUCUGUCCCAGGCAAAACGACGGAAAGUUCAGCGCCUUCCAAUGUUUCAGAUUUUCUCAACGGUUACACUCACGGCGGCAGGUACUACACCAAAGAGUUGGCCAAAAAAUACAAUCAGGCAACACUUAGAGCUGCCAGGACAUAGUCUUGGAGAGACCAAAUAAUGAAAACUUCAGAAAACCAAAUUAGCAAUUUUUAUAUACAGACCAAUUAAGUUUGUAUUUAGCUAACUUGGUGAAAAACAAGGACCAAAUUGAUCACAAGCAUUCAAAUCAACAAUUAACACUUUGGCUAAAAUGGUUGUACCUUGAGAAAAGUCCUUCGAUAGCAAGCCAUUAGAAUGAGUGUAUCGCCUGAUUAGCAUAUAUAUAUAUAAUAAACCUUGUGAAUUAUUGUAGUCCAACUUAGUGUAAUUGUAUAUAUCUAUAACUAUUUAAUGUACUAUUGUUUCAAAAUGUUAAUUUUAUCGAUUACAAAUACAUGUCUAUAGAUGAUAUUUAUUACAGUAACAAAGCAAUACAAACUUAGAUAGAUUAUGUAAGGAGUAUAGAGAGCGCUCUUCUGUUAUCGCUGUCAGUUGUAUGGCUCUUGUAGGACACGUGAUAGUCGGUGGAAAUUCCUUUCACAAUCAUUUUUAUUAAAUAGUUGACACUUGAAGUGGGGGAGGUAAUACACUAUUUAAAAUGAUCCCGAAAUCGAGACAAGGGAUAUAAUCCAGGCACCUUUUAUCGAAGUGAAGUCAAUGAUACCAGAAAGAUCUAUAUCUCGUUGCAAAUUAUUUCAAUUCAACAUUUGUUUGAUAUCGUUUGCGGUUGAAUUCCAGAUCUGUUUAAGAAACUGUGUGCGUGUGUUUUUGUUGUUAUUAUUAUGUUGACGAUUAAAGUGUGGAAUAUCAGCUACCAUCCACUGCAUAGUUCAGUAGUGUUGAAUACUGGCUGGGUUCAUUUCUAUACCUCCGCACGACAGUCCCUAUAAGUGAAUAUUAGUCCGAGCAGAAAAUCAAACGACAUCCAGGUUACUUUUUAAAUAGAUAUCAUUGCGGAUGUAUCAGUACUUUCAUUCUGUGACAACAACCCAACGAUCUUUUGUUCUUCCUUUCAGACACUAGUUCGUGUUCUAUGUGGUGGGUGAGCAAGGGAGAUAAACAAUCCAAUAGUUUUUUACUUGACAUGUAUUUGGUUUGUAUUAACUGUCCAGUGAGUUACUGGAACUGCAAUACAUUAUGGAAAGGUUUCAUCUUCAAAGCUUUGUAGUAUUAUACAUUCUGAACUAGAUCUCUUUUAUUUUAUUCAAGUUUAAAACAUUUCAACAUAAUGGAAAAAAUGGUGCCCCGGGGGGG